AUGCAUCUCGUACCGAAGGAGCUCGACAAGAUCACCAUCUCGUCACUGGGCUUCCUUGCUCAGCGGCGACUGGCCCGCGGGGCCCUCAUCGCUUCCAACCUCCACGAACUGAUCCGCGAUGGCAACCACAGCGUCGCUGACCUCAUGUCGCUUGGCAGCACCAUGCUGGGCCGCCGCCAUGUCUUGCCCGAGGUCUGCACGACGCUGCACGACAUCCAGGUCGAGGGUACUUUCCCCGCAGGCACAUUCCUAGUGACGGUGCAGCACCCCAUCGCCACCGACGACGGCGACCUCGCCCGCGCCCUCUACGGCAGUUUCAUCCCCGUGCCCGAGAACGCCGAAGAGCUGUUCCCUAAGUACCCCGACGAGGAGUACACCUACGAGAAGCAGCCCGGCGCCAUCCUCGUCGUCAAGGACUCGGUCAUCAAGCUUAACGAGGGCAAGAAGCGCAUCAAGCUCCAGGUCACCAGCAGGGGCGACCGCCCCAUCCAGGUCGGAAGUCACUACCACUUCAUCGAGGUCAACCCGUGCCUCGAGUUUGACCGCCUGCGGUCGUACGGGUACCGGCUGGAUCAGGCGUCGGGCAGCUCGAUCCGCUUUGAGCCGGGGGACACCAAGACGGUGACGCUGGUGGAGAUUGGCGGGCUGAAGGUCAUCAGGGGCGGGAACGCAAUGGCGUCCGGGAGGGUGGACUUUGGGAACCUUAAAGAUAUUCAAGACAGGCUGGCCGAGGCCGGGUUCGCCCACGUGCCCGACCCGGCGGGGGAUAUGUCUCUGACGUCCGAGACCGGUAACUUGUUUCACAAUAUCGAGGGCGCCACCAUCGAUAGGAAUACGUACGCGACCAUGUUUGGCCCGACAACCGGGGAUUUGGUGAAGCUGGGGAAGACGGACCUGUGGAUCAGGGUCGAGAAAGACUUCACCGUCUACGGAGACGAGUGUAAGUUUGGCGGUGGUAAGACGUUGCGUGACGGCAUGGGUGCCGCGACGGGGCGCACCAGCGCUGAGAGCCUGGAUUUGGUUGUGACUAACGCGCUCAUCGUCGACUGGACCGGUAUCUUCAAGGCUGACAUCGGCGUCAAGGAUGGGUAUAUCGUGAACAUUGGCAAGGCCGGGAACCCGGAUGUGAUGGACGGCGUGACGCCCGGUAUGAUUGUGGGCAGCUGCACCGAUGUGAUUGCCGGCGAGGCAGGCCGACGAGUCUAUUGCGUCUGGCAUUACCACCAUGGUGGGCGCAGCGCUACCACCUGCACCCCCGGGCCAUAUUUCAUUCGUGAGAUCCUCCGCGGGGCUGACAGGCUGCCCGUCAAUAUCGGCAUCACAGCCAAGGGUAACGACAGCGACCCCGUCGCCCUCCACGAGAUGGUUAAGGCGGGUGCCUGCGGCCUCAAGCUGCACGAAGACUGGGGGUGCCACCCGGCGGCCAUCGACACCUGCCUCACCGUGUGCGAUGAGCUUGAUGUGCAAUGCAUGAUCCACACGGACACGCUCAACGAGUCGGGAUACGUUGAGCAGACCUUGAAGGCUGUUAACGGCCGCACCCUUCACGCCUACCACACCGAAGGCGCCGGCGGCGGCCACGCGCCCGACAUCAUCCGGAUCGCCGAGUACCCCAACAUCCUGCCCUCGUCCACAAACCCGACCCGCCCCUACACCCGCAACACGCUCGAGGAGCAUCUCGACAUGUUGAUGGUCUGCCACCACCUGACCAAGGACAUCCCUGAGGACGUCGCCUUUGCCGAAAGCCGCAUCCGCGCUGAAACCAUCGCGGCCGAGGGACGUGCUGCACGACCUGGGCGCCAUCAGCAUGAUGAGCAGCGACAGCCAGGCCAUGGGCCGCUGCGGCGAGGUGGUCCUGCGAACGUGGCACACGGCGCACAAGAACAAGGUCCAGCGCGGCCUGCUGCCCGAGGACGAGGGCACGGGUGUCGACAACUUCCGCGUCAAGCGAAGGUAAGCCCCUUUCCUUCUUCUUCAAACCUCCACAAACCCCCCCCUGUUUCAAACGAACCCCCCACUAACCAAACUCCCACACCCACCCAACAGGGCGACGCCAACGCCUCAAUCCCUUCCAUCGAACCGCUCAUCAUGCGGCCCAUGUUCGCGCCCUCCAUCCCGCAGACCAGCGUGGCGUUUGUGUCGCAGGCGGGCAUCGACAGCGGCGUCGUCGGCACCUACGGCCUCAAGAAACGCAUCGUCCCCGUCCGCAACUGCCGCAACGUCGGCAAGAAGGACCUCAAGUUCAACGACGCCACCCCGCGCAUGUCGGUCGAUCCCGAGAGUUAUGUCGUCCAGGCGGAUGGCGUGGUCAUGGACUCGGAGCCGAUGGCUGAGUUGCCGUUGGCGCAGACGGCUUAUUUUUACUGA